UCGAGGGAUUCCUCGAGGAAAGACAUGAGGGCGGCCACCGCCUACGUCCUGUUCCUUGCCCACCUCAUACAGGCGACGAACGCGAGCGGAUUCUUCGAGGUGCAGAUCCUCUCGCUGACGAACAACAGGGGCACCCUGGUGGACGGUAGGUGUUGCGGCGGGGGAGGAGAUGGCGGAGGAAAGGGAGGAUUACCACCCUGCACGACACCGUGCUCCACGGCGUUCUGGCUCUGCCUGAAGGAGUACCAAUCGAACGUCACCGCCAUCGGCUCGUGCAGCUUUGGCAACGUAUCUAGUCACGCCCUCGGUCAGAACACCUUCACCCUCAGCGAACCCGUCACCCUGCAACUGCACUUCACCUUCCGAUGGACGAGGCAAUUCACGUUGAUCCUGCAAGCGAGAGACGAGGCGAGCGCAGGCGUGAUCGAGGAAGCGAGUUACAGCGGCAUUGUCCUGCCAGGACCCACGUGGCACACACUCAAUCAUCAAGGAAGAAACGCUCAUCUGGCCUAUCGCGUUCGGGUCCAGUGCGCGGAUCAUUACUACAACGCGACCUGCACGAAGUUCUGCAGGCCGAGGAACGACAUAUUCGGCCAUUACACCUGCGACGAGAACGGGGACAAGGUGUGCAUACAGGGAUGGAAGGGCUCCGACUGCGAAACAGCGGUCUGCAAGGAGGGCUGCCACCCUGUGCACGGCCAUUGUAACGUCAGCGGCGAGUGCAAGUGUCGCCACGGUUGGCGCGGCGAUCUCUGCGACCAGUGCACCCCGUAUCCCGGUUGCAAGCACGGCUACUGCAACGGUUCGAGCUGGCAGUGCAUCUGCGACACGAACUGGGGCGGCAUCCUCUGCGACCAGGACCUCAACUAUUGCGGCACCCACGAGCCCUGUCAGAACGGGGGCACCUGCGAGAACACCGCGCCCGACCAGUACAAGUGCACCUGUCCCGAGGGAUUCUCGGGCCCCACCUGCGAGAAAGUCGACAACCCCUGCGCCUCGAAUCCCUGCUUGAACGGGGCUACCUGCCGGGAACUCGGCGAGAGCGCUCAUUGCGAGUGCGCCGCUGGUUUCACGGGGCCGUAUUGCGCUACGGACGUUGACGAGUGCGCCUCGCAACCCUGCCAAAAUGGCGGCACCUGCGUGGACGGGAAAAACGGAUUCGUCUGCAACUGUCCGGCAGCCUGGCAGGGCAUCCUCUGUCAGUUCGACGUCGACGAGUGCGCCCUCAAGGAGUCGCCGUGCAAGAACUCUCUGACCUGCGUCAACCUCGCCGGGGACUACAGAUGUCGCUGCAGAAGCGGCUUCACCGGAAAGAACUGCACGAAGAACAUCAACGAUUGCGUCGGCCAGUGUCAACACGGGGCGCUCUGCAUCGACCUGGUGGACGACUAUCACUGCAGCUGCACCGCGGGUUACUCUGGCAAGGACUGCGACGUGGACAUCGACGAGUGCGCCUCGAAGCCGUGUCAGAACGGCGGCGAAUGCAGAGACCUGGUGAACGCCUACGAGUGCGUCUGCCCCGUUGGCUUCACCGGUUAUCAGUGCGAGAUCGACAGGGACCACUGCAGCCCGAAUCCCUGCAGGAACUCCGCGCCCUGCUUCAACACUCAGACCGAUUACUAUUGUCACUGCCCGGAACAAUGGCAGGGGAAGAAUUGCUCCGAGCCUGCCUCUCACAACCCGCAGUUCGGGAUCAUGGACGAGGAGACCGGAUGCGGCAGCGAGGGCACUCCUUGCGGCGGCAGAGGCAGAUGCAGCGGCGGUAGAUGCAUCUGCGACCCUGGUUACACCGGGAUGCACUGCCACGAGAACAUCAACGACUGUCGGGGCAAUCCUUGCCUGAACGGGGGGACCUGCGUUGACCUGGUCAACUCGUUCCAGUGCAUCUGCAGGGAGGGCUGGACCGGGGAUCUCUGCGAUCAAGACGUGGACGAAUGCAUGGCGUCGCCCUGUCGCAACAACGGGACCUGCGUGGACGGGGUGGCGGACUUCACGUGCAUCUGCAGAGGCGGUUGGAAGGGGAAAACAUGCGCCCUGCGAGGUGGUCACUGCGAGCCGGGCACGUGUCGUCACGGAGGGACCUGCCAGGACCGCGGCGACGGAUUCACGUGCCACUGUCCGCCGGAUUGGGAGGGUGCAGCCUGCCACAUAGCGUCGCCGGCGUGCGCGAGCAACCCUUGCGAGAACGGGGCGACCUGCGUGAACACCGCCGAUGGGAACUACAGAUGCGUGUGCCGCGAGGGCUUCGAGGGGCCGAAUUGUCGCCGGGACGUCGACGACUGUCAACCGUUGCCGUGCUUGAACGGCGGCAAAUGUGUCGACGGUAUCAACUGGUUCAGAUGCGAGUGCGCGCCGGGCUUCACCGGUCCGGAUUGUCGCAUAAACGUGAACGAGUGUGCCAGCGACCCGUGCACAGGUGGUUCCACCUGCGUGGACGGGAUAGCGAGUUACUCGUGCGUUUGCCCGCCGGGUAGGAGCGGAACGCGCUGCGAGAUCCGCACCGCGGGCGGUCCUGGUUGCAUGGUGGCCAGCUGGGACGACGAUUGCAACAUCUGCGAGUGCCGCAACGGGAAGAAUCAGUGCAGCAACAUCUGGUGCGGGCCCGGGAACUGUCUGAACGGCACCUCGUGUCUGGCUCACGAGGUGUGCGUGCCCAGCCCGAGCGAGAGCUGUUUGUCGCCGCCGUGUCCAGCCUGGGGCGAGUGUCGACCGGUGGAGACUGGCAGAAGAGUGGGACCUCCGGCUCUGCCCGCUCCGCCAUCUUGUUGGCCCGGGCAGGCCACCACGGGACCCACCUGCUCCAGGCUCACCAUCCUGCUGAGAAGAGACACCCUGGCGGCGGGCACGUCGGUGGAGAUCCUCUGCCGUCGUCUCAGAAAGCUUCUAGCCGAUCCCAGGAGGCCGCAGUCGAUCGUCCUUCUCUGCGAUUUGAAACCAGGGGACAACGACACGGUGGAAGUGACCAUCUUCUCCGAGGCCGCCGUGGACGCGGCCAGGGACCUAGGCGAGGCGCUCAGCCGACCCCUGGGAAGACCUCUCGCUCUGGCCUCCGUGCUGGAGGUCAAGGUGGAGACGGCCUUGCUCAGCGAGCCGAGCUCGGGGAACGCCAGCAGCGCUGGCAGCUACGUGGCCGUGCUAGGCGGUGCUCUAGCGACGGUCCUGGUGCUGGCCCUAUUCGGCGGGCUCUGGUACCUCCGGUCGGUCAGGCAACGCUCCAGCCUCACCGCGACGACUAGCAGCGAGACCUCGUUGCACAGACAUCGCAGCGACCUGGACGAGAAGUCCAACAACCUACAGAACGAGGAGAACCUUAGGAGAUACGCGAACCCGUUGAAGGACCAGGACCAAGGCGAGCCGCGAGUCUCUGUCGUGAGGCCUCUGUCGGGUACGUCACUAGGCGCCCUGGGCACCACCGAGGAGAGCUUGGAGAUGGUCUCCGAGGAGGGUAGACAUCGCCUGCCGCCCCUUUACAAGCCGCCCAGCGCGGAGGCUAGGAACAACACUGCCAGUUUCAGCUACGAGGAGGGGCCCCACAAGCCGUACAGCAAACCGAGACUACAGGAGCCGUCGUACUCUCAUCAACAACCCGGCACCAGCCAAACGUCAGGACCUCACCAAGUAUUGACGGUGCACGUGUAAUGGCGUCGCGCGAACGAAAACGGAGCAACGGACGUUGAGUAGGAGGCGUCGGAUUUAAGGACAGUAAGAGCGUCGCGGAUAAGGAACGUCGACCAGAGACUCGUAUCGCGAGACCGCAGGGAUAUAUCGAGGUCUCU